UACAAUAUUCUAGAAUCCCUUUGCGCAGUUGAACAGAGAUAUACGAUACAUAAAACGUCAGAAUGAUCAACGCGGUUCUCGUCUUCAACAAUAAUGGGCAGCCGCGCCUGAGCAAGUUCUACACCCAGAUUGAUACACAAACGAAACAAUCGCUUAUACAACAGACCUACGCUCUAGUCGCCCAGCGUCCACCAAGCGCUUGCAACUUCCUGCCUCUCCCUCCAUUACUCUCUCGGGGUGCUAGCUCCGGCGCAGAGGGCCCAUCCGAUGCCCCAACACAAGUGACCUACCGGACAUAUGCAACUCUUUCUUUCAUUAUGAUUUCAACAUCUACCGAGUCCCCGCUUGCGCUUAUUGAUCUGAUUCAAGUCUUCGUCGAGGCGCUGGACCGCAUAUUCGAGAAUGUAUGCGAGCUGGAUCUUAUCUUCGGGUAUGAAACGAUGCAUGCGGUGCUGAGUGAGAUGAUUGUCGGUGGCGUUGUCGUCGAAACGAAUAUCGAUAAGAUUGUUGCUGGGGUGCGGAGUCAAGAGGGCUCUCUAGGGAAGAAGAAGGCUAUCCAGGCAGCAAGUUCUAGCGUAGGGCGCGGCGGGUUCCCUGGUAUAGGUGCUUGGAGGUGA